UUCAAUUCGUGCCUGUGAGGGCCCAGAAUGCGAAAUAAAAUUGAAUCACAUUCCAAUAAAACAUAAAUGCAUUAUCGGUCAUUAAGCCAACUCAACGAUACAAGUUAAACCAGGCUGCAAAAAUAAUGAAAUCAAGGUUAUUUGUGCUUCCUUGACCAACAAAACGAGUUUUAUUUUGGGACCCCCGAAAGAAAGUGAAACACACCCCUCAAAAGAAACAAAGUUGAAUGCGGUUUGAGGUAUAUCAGAACACUAUAAAAACAGAUGUAAGGGUCUCUUGUAAUCAUUCUCAUUUUACGAGAGCAACAAACAACUUACAAGGAAUAACACAAUGGCAUUCAAAUUUGUUCUUUUGGCGACCCUUCUCGCUGCUGCCAAUGCUGGAGUUAUUGCCCCACAUGGUCAUGCAUCGUCUCAUCAAUCAAUCCAGCUCCAUCAUUCCGCUCCAGUUCAUCAUGUAGCUGCUGUUCAUGCUUCUCCAGUUCACCACGUGGCCGCCAUCCAUGCUGCUCCUGUCCAUCACACCAUCGUGAAGGAAGUCGAGCACCACGCUCCAGCCAACUACGAAUUCUCCUACUCCGUCCACGAUGAGCACACCGGAGAUAUCAAGAGCCAGCACGAAACCCGUCAUGGAGAUGAAGUCCACGGACAAUACAGCCUCCUCGAUUCCGAUGGUCACCACCGUAUUGUUGACUACCACGCCGAUCACCACUCUGGAUUCAAUGCCGUUGUCCGUCGUGAACUAACCCACGUCAAGGUCGCCCAACCGGUGCACAAGGUCAUUGCUCAACCGGUGCAUAUUGCCACCCAUGCCGUUGCUCCAGUGCAUCAUGCCACCGUCUCGCACCAUCAUGCUGCUCCAGUUGUUGCCCACGUUUCACACCACCACGCCGCCCCAAUUGUUCACUCCCACAGCACCCACCAUGUGGCUCCGGUGGCCCAUCAUGUUUCUCAUGUAGCUCCGGUAGCUCACUACAGCCAUCAUGAUGGACAUCAUGCCAGUGGACACUACAGCCAUUACUAGAGUGAAAAAAAAACAAACUUAUUUCAUUGAACCUGACAAAAUAAUCUAGAGGAAAUUUCAUAGGAAAAUAUGUUGUAAA